AUGGUAAACCAAUUCAGGAAAUGUAUUUUGGGACCCGUGAACGCAGGGUAUACCCUGGCAUAUUCCUCUUUAAUAAAACAAGGAGUUGAUAGACCUUUUAUGUUUUACCCCAAGCCAUUUCGAAAGUAUAGGGCUCGUAACUUUUUGAAUAUUUACAAGGAAGACCCCAAUGUUUCCGAUCCGCCAGAGAAGGUAGGCCAUUUGGAAUAUAAAGAAGCAGAUAAAAUGCCUACCAUUGAUUGUUUACUGGUGGACUCUUGUAUUACGAAAACGCGAAAAACGAUACGACAGGUUAAGCCUUUAUUACACAAAGAUAGCUCUGUCAUUCUUUUAAAUCAAGACAUUUCCUUAUGGAUGGAAUACAAUUCUAUAUUCGAAGAUCCUUUGAAUAGGCCCAAACUUUAUUUAGGGAAGUUUCAGAAUUUUUCAUCACAGAAGCCAGAAAAUGUUAUCCAAACCAGCUCUCUCCCUUAUUUAAGACUCUGUGGAAUGCCGGCCGGUCGAAAAUUUGACUGGGAUACAUCAAGGAUUCAAACAAUUAAUCGUCUACCGGAAGAAUUGGAUCAAGUAUUGAACUUGAAUCCCCUUGGAAACACAGAAAUUUUAAGUGCUAAACAUUUUUUGACUGAGCAGGUUUGCGACCUGGUUAUAUUGACGACGAAGAGCCUACCUAACCCUCAAAUGAAGAGAAAUGCCAUCUACUCAUGGCUAGACCUGAUAUCAAGGUUACCCUUUUUUGGCCACUUAGACAAGUCUCUUUUAAGUUUUGAUGCUUUGUAUCAAUCUACUUUUCUUAAGCCUGUAACAUUUUUGAAUGUUCCCCCUUCAAAUGCCAAAAUCUUCUCAAAGUACCAAUGCAUGAAAACCCUUUUAAAAUUUGCAACGCCGUGUGCGAGUGAUGAUACGCUCCAUAGUUUUCUGGGUCAUUUAGUUAAUUUUUCUGUCCGUAACUAUAAUACCCUAUUUCCUUCGUCGAUGCCUGAACCACCUCCUCAUUUAUUUUCUACGACUAAAAGAAUCCCAUUGCCAAAUAUGUCUGACUAA